AUGGGGGGCAUUUAUUGGGUGGUGCAAUUUAUGGUGGUUCUUUGUUUGGGGAAUUUUGUGGGCUGCACGUGGUCUCAGGAUAAUGCCGAUGAAGUAAGUGCUGUGUAUAUUGUGACUCUGAAACAAGCUCCUGCUGCUCAUUACUCUGGUGAACUCAGUGUAAAGAGGAAUGACAUUAAACACGGUGGUCCAGGAAUAGUGAAUAGACUGGACAGACCAAGCAAUAUUUCAAGAUCAGAUUCACGUAACGGUUCCUAUGUUGCUCGAAUUCAUGAUUCUUUAUUGAGAAGGGUGUUGAGAGGGGAAAAAUACCUGAAACUGUAUAGCUACCACUACUUGAUCAAUGGAUUUGCUGUGCUUGUUGCCCCCCAGCAGGCCGACAAGCUUUCAAGGAGGAAAGAAGUUGCAAAUGUGGUACUGGAUUUCUCAGUCAGAACUGCAACAACCCAUACACCACAAUUCCUGGGUCUACCAGAAGGGGCAUGGCCCCAAGAAGGUGGAUAUGAGAAUGCUGGAGAUGGAAUCGUGAUUGGGUUUAUCGACACUGGAAUUGAUCCAGCACACCCCAGCUUCUCGGAUGAUAUAUCUGAAAAUCCAUAUCCAGUUCCAGAGCACUUUUCUGGCAUUUGUGAAGUCACUCGAGAUUUCCCAUCUGGUUCCUGCAAUAGAAAGCUUGUUGGGGCCCGCCAUUUUGCAGCAUCUGCUAUAACCAGAGGAAUAUUUAAUGCCACUCAGGACUAUGCUUCACCGUUUGAUGGUGAUGGCCAUGGGACGCACACAGCUUCCACGGCAUCUGGUAACCAUGGGAUUCCAGUGGUAGUAGCUGGGCAUCACUUUGGGAAUGCAAGUGGGAUGGCUCCUCGUUCGCAGUAA